AGGUCGUAUUGUGUAAGUGAUUUUUACUUCAAAAUUAGGGCGCGUAUUAAGUUUUUUAUUUGUUUUUCCCUCGUGUAUAUAUGCACACACAUCUGUAUAUAUGAUGUACGGCAGAAAUAUGUAUACAUGUGUACACGCAUAGCGACGGACUCAGAACCAAGUACGGUGGAAAAUGAUGAUGGAAAAAUCAGAUAAAAGAUAUUAAUAUUGAGCGGAUUGGUUCAUUGAUGUUGUGUCAUUUAUUUUUACGACAAUUUUGAAGAUUAUAUGAGUGAUUUCCUGUGUAAACAACAGUCGUUAAUUAGGCAAAAUAAUUACGAACGCAUAAAUUGAUUAGCUGACAAACAAUCAGCAGGUGUAUAAACAAACAUAUUCGCACAGUGUUAAGUGAUGGGAAAACGAGAGUAAUCAUAUUACAAUCUAAUUAACACUGAAAUAAACGAAGAUCAUUCCGUCGUUACAUUGGUGAAGCGGGUGUUAUUGUGUGUUGUUAUGGAAAGAAAAUAUCAUCGCAUAUGAAAAGUUUUCGACCAGUUUUCCCAAUAAAAUACGGUUCGGUUGAAUAAAGGAAUUUCGUGUUUUAAAAGAAAGAAAAGAAGAAAAAUAGAAAAUAAAGAAGAAAUCGGUGGAAGAAAAGGAAAAUUGUGGAGAGUGAUUGUAUAUUUAUUGUGCCGUAUUGAAUGGUUCGGCUGGGAGAAAUGGUUUCAAGAAAAAUAUCACGUUUUUAAAACCGUUGGAUUAUGCAAAUGGAUAUUUGAUUGAAAAUAUAAUAAAUCAUUUUUGAUUGAUGCGAACACAGCAAGUUCUAAAGCGUACACAAAAUGUAAAAAAGAUUAAUAUUUGUCAUCUUUUAUGAUAUCGAUAUCCAAUAAGACCAAUCAAGACGAAAAGAAAAUGUCAAACAUUGUCCUAAUCACAUCGGCUGAAAAUGACCUCGAGUGUAAACAUCGCAGUCAUCUUAUAUCAAUCAAUGACAAAACCGAUGGAAAUUGUUUCGCAUCGAAUGGUUCCAUCAAUGUUACUACUGGUGUUUUCCUAAUGGAAUGUAUUGUGUUGGCGAUGUAUCAAAAUCAUUUUUAAGGACAUGAGUUCCUCAUAUGGACAUUUGAGAAGUCAUGCGUUUAUUCGACAAAAAUGGAUUGAAGAUAAAAGAUCAUGAACUUGUAAGACGAACCAAUUUGAAUACAUUAUCGCCUUUGUACAACAAAAGACAACUAAAAUUUUCCCCGACAAAAUAUCACAAUGAUGUUCAUAAAGCGACUAUUACGUCACAUCGCACCAGUGAAAAUGAAAAGGAAUUUUGGCGCAUCAGCAAAAACAAUUUACUCAUAGCUAAGCUAUUUGCAAUUGGAAAUGUCGAUUGGACAAGUCUUGAAAAUGUUAUAAAAUUUGUAUAUUAUUGUUUGGUGAAUCCCGUUUUGUUUGAUGGCAGUGGUAGCGGUGCUGCAAUUUCAUUUGUAGAUAGAGCAUUCAAUAAAAUUGACACUGACAUAGAACAAUGUCCAUUGGGCGACAAUAGACAGCCGAAUGUGAAUUGGUCGUUGGUAAUAGACAAUUUCAUAAUUAGAUUAAUUCAUAUGGUCAAUGGUGACCAUAAUUUUGUGAGAGUGUUUACUAGUGACAACAUUUGUGCCAGAUUUUCUAAAUGUAAAAUAAUCGUAUCAUCAUUUGUAUAUAAUUGUGUUAAUAAUGUUUGUGAUACAUUUUUUACGAAAUGGAUAAAUUGUGUGGAUCCGAAACGAUCACCGUGUGGAUUUGAAAUAUUACUGAACAAUCACCAUAAUAAGCGAUGUGUUAUACGUACCCGGAACAGAACCAAAUCGAACCCAAUUUCAUGUGUAAAUAAAUUCCAAAAUGUUCUGCAUAUAGUCGACACAUUUCAUUUUCGCAACGAUCAUAAACUUUUCCAAUCAAAUGAGCUUGCCAACGAGAACGAUUUCGAAACGAAUUUGUCACCAGCGCAAACAAACUUAAAACUUCAUCAUAAUGGCGACGAAUAUAAUAAUUCCGCAUCCAAAUGUGAAAUAGCGAAAAGUUCUAUCAAAUGGCACCGACAACUUGCACACAAAUCAUUCCCGUUAUCAUCGUCACUUGAAAGUUCUGUUGGCAAUCGACGAUUUUCCAACGGAACCGAUUUAUCGAAAACCAAUAACUUCGGCUGCAGUGUCUUCAAACACCAUUUCCUUUUGAUAUUCUUCAUACUGAUUACAUGCACGCCCAUUAUUUCGGCGUCUUUGCAUAAUAUCAAAUACAGUACGAAUACCGUCAAAACGAAAUACGGAUUGCUGAGAGGAAUAAUGGUGCGGACGAAUCCGUCAGUCGAAGCUUUUUUGGGCGUACCAUAUGCAACCCCUCCAGUGGGAAGUUUACGGUUCAUGCCUCCAGUAACACCAUCAACAUGGCGUAAUACACGAUUAGCCGAUCGAUUUUCACCGGUCUGUCCUCAGGUUCCUCCAGUCUCCGGCGACGAUGCUCUAUUCGACAUACCCAGAGGAAGAUUGGCCCAAUUAAGACGUAUCCUGCCUCUGCUAUCAAAUCAAUCAGAAGACUGUCUCUACCUAAAUUUAUAUGUGCCAAGAUCAGACGAAACAAACGAAAUCAUUGAAAAUUCUAUGGCCACUAUAGUCUAUGUGCAUGGGGAAUCUUACGAAUGGAAUUCUGGUUCUAUCUACGACGGAUCUAUAUUGGCUGCACAUGGAAAUGUGAUUGUCGUAACAAUAAAUUUUCGAUUAGGUGUUUUGGGCUUUCUGAAAACUGGCGCUAAGGGCAGUGCUCAAGGAAACUUUGGGCUAAUGGAUCUAGUAGCUGGUUUGCAUUGGCUACGUGAAAAUUUACCAGCUUUUAAUGGAGAUCCGUCUAAAGUUGUUCUUAUGGGCCACGGCACCGGUGCAUCUCUUGCCAACAUAUUAAUGGUUUCACCAGUUGCAAGCGAUCUCAUAAAUCGUGCCAUAUUAAUAAGCGGAUCGGCAUUAUCACCGUGGGCAAUACAAAAAGAUCCACUCUAUGUAAAACGUAAAGUAGCUGAAGGUACGGGUUGCCAUGGUGAUUUACUGGAUGAUGAUAUGGCUCCAUGUUUGCGUACAAAGCCUCUAGCUGAUUUAUUAUCGGUGACUAUUGAUUCACCCAGAUUUCUCCCGGGAUUUGCACCGUUCGUUGAUGGUACAGUAAUCGUUAAUCCAGCAACUAGUGCCACUCCACUUACACUGCCCGCUGGUUCAGCCAUCGCAAGUACGGCCGGCAUCGAAUUAGCUGAUUUUCCUACGAAAGAGCUACUCUUCGGUCUUACGUCAAUGGAAUCGUAUUUGGAUUUAAGCGCCCAGGAUUUGGAAUUCGGUUUCAAUGAAACACGACGAGAUCGCAUUUUACGAACAUACGUUCGGAACGUCUAUCAUUACCAUCUCAAUGAAAUUUAUUCUGCCUUAAAAAACGAAUAUACCGACUGGGAAAGACCACCCCGUAACCCGAUGGGGUCAAGAGAUGCAUCGCUUGAAUUGUUAAGUGAUGGCCAUACAGCUGCACCUUUGGUUCGAUUAGGUUAUCUGCAUAGUUUACGAGGUGGACGAUCGUAUUUUUUACAUUUUAGACAUCAGUCUGGCGAACGUGACUUUCCACAGCGUGGUGGAUCGGUUCGUGGUGAAGAUGUGCCUUUUUGUCUGGGACUUCCAAUUUCUCCACUUUUUCCAUAUAAUUAUACAAAGCAGGAUAUUAAAAUUAGUAGGAUAUUGGUGCAAUACUUAGCGAAUUUUGCGCAAACAGGCAAUCCAAAUGGAAUAUCAUCAUCAACAUCAUCGGCAGACACAUCUCGCCCGUUCACCCACAAUCAUAUUGCAACGCCAAUUGGUGACCACAGUAAAUUAACCGUUACAAUGACCGAUAACAAUAAAAACAGCAUCGACAGUGGGCUGAAACAAAAAAGGCAAACUAAUUUCCGUCGAAAUAAAAGGAAUCAUCAUGAAUUGGUACAAGACGUUGAUUCCAGUGAAAGUGAUGAAGUAGAUGAAAAUGACGAUGAUGAAUUGGUCGAAAGUGCAGAAGAACAACCAAAUCAUCUAGAUCGGUUGGAUGAUAUUGCGAAUUUGCGAAUUCCUUUUUGGGAUACGUACGAUUCAAUUAAUCAACUGUAUCUGGAAAUGGGUAACAACAUUGAAAUAAGAAACCACUAUCGCGGACACAAGUUGUCGAUGUGGCUAAGUUUAAUACCUCAACUACAUUCGCCCGGUGAUAUAGCUGAGCUUUCCAUGCGACAUCAUCACUUUUUAGAAGAAAGUGCACAAUACUAUGAUGGAAUUGUAAGACCACAAAAUCUUCAACGACCCUCACUUCCCAAAGUCAUAUCACCGCCACCACCGCCACCGACAACAACAACCGCAACACAAGCACCGAAAACGGAACAGACAUCUGUUACCUCCGUACAAUCAACCACAACAGAAUGUCCGCCCAACACAACAAUUGUACCAACUCUUGCUGCAACACGUCCACAACAAAAUCAAGGCACAAAUUCAAUUACAACCAACAAUAAUUUACUUCGCCGUCUCGCCAAUACCCAAUAUCCAAGCUAUACAACAGCGCUGACGUUAACAGUAGCGGUUGGAUGUUUUUUGCUGUUAUUGAAUAUAUUGAUAUUUGCCGGCAUCUACUACCAAAGAGAAAAAAGAGCCACCGAUGCAAAGAAAAAAGAAGAAUUAACCGAGGCUGAAAUACGAUGCUCUCCAUCGAUCAACCAUGAUAAAUGUGGUAAAAGUAGCCGAAAAUCGAGUUUGCAAAGUGUGUCUGGAUUCAAUCCCGUACCGAAUUUCGGUGAAUACAGUUGUUACGAUGAAAAAAUCCAGUGCAAAGAGAAGCAUAAUUUAGCGGACAUAUGCAGUGUUGAAUUGCCACUGCAGGAAUUUAAAUGUGCCAACGGCAAUGAAUCAAACACAAGUAGUUUGAGACGAUCAAUGAAAUCAGACAGCUAUAAGCACAACUUAAACAAUUUAAUGCACUAUCCACCAACGUAUUCAUCACCACAUCCAUCCGAACCAGGCAGUAGCACAUCAAAUGGUCUAGUUAUGUACACUCAAUUCAAUCGGACAGCGUCAUCGACCACCGAACAGUGCAAUCAAUCAACACAGUCGGAUAUACCAGAUGUUCAAGAUGUGGGAACAGGUGUAAUGCAAACCGAUGUUGACGACAAUAACAGCGGUGAAUGCAGUCCAGGCAUUCCGGAACCGCCUCCACCGCCACGUUCAGCAGCACCGUAUGGCAUUUUACGGCAACAAGGUGGACCAUCGACACCAGCUGCAUCGAAAAAGCGAGUUCAAAUCCAAGAGAUUUCCGUAUGAUACACAGAAUUGUGUGUACAAAUCAUAAGCUGUUUGUCAAUCAAA